ACAACAGCUCAAUUAGCAAUAAUGCGGCACUUCUCUCCACAGUGGAUCACAUCUUCAUUCUACCGUGAGAUUUAAAUAUAGUCACUACUUCCAGCCAUACCGGCAUCCGGAAUGCGAACGCAAGACAAUAAGUCGUGCGAGUGCAGUUGUAUAGCCCACCUCUGUGUUCGUUAUGGCAUUCUGCAUAUCUUAAUUGAGUUCAACAAUCCGUCAGCCAGCAAUUAAUGCAUAUAAUCCACGAAUAAAUGUCAAGUAUGCUCUGCAUGGCACUUUGCACUCUUAUCACGGGUGAUUUGGGCGGCGGGGGAAGACCUCGCGACUUUCCCUUUCAUCUCUCCACCCAGUCGUUCUCGGGCGGUGCAAGAGCUGCAUUGCUCUACGCAUAUCAUAAAUCUCUGCGGCGCAGCGAGACCAUGUCUGGGCACUUCACACAGGUGCAAAAAGUGCCUGAAAAUUGUCAUAAGCUGGAUCAUACACUUGAUCUCCCACUCGUGAACUUCCAUCUCUCCGGCGUGGCAAUACAGACGCAGCACCAUGGCGAGAGCCAUGUGGUAAAGGGAAAAUGACAUAAUUUCGGAUCUGCGUGCAAUUUUGCCGGAUUGCAAUAUAAAAGGCCCCGAUUGAUCGGAACGCCACACAGUUUUCUCAGCACCUUCUAUCAGCAACUAUCCAUUCUCUUAGAAGUAUCCGCAACCACAAUGUUCAGGAUUGUGCUUCUCUUCGCCGCCGUGGCUCUCGCCCAGGCCAUCGUCCCCGUCCCAGCCGCCUACCCAGCCUACGGUGGACACGGACUCGUGACCCCCGCCGUUACGAGCCAGCACUCCAACAUCCUCAGGUCAUACGGAAACUUGGGACAGAUCUCCACCUAUUCCAAGACCAUCGACACACCCUACUCCUCAGUGAGCAAGUCUGAUGUUCGUGUGAGCAAUCCUGGCUACGCUGUGGCUGCCCAUGCCGCCUACCCGGCCGCCUACCACUCUCCCCUCGCCCACACCUAUGCCGCUCCCCUGGCCCACGCCGCCUACGCUCCCGCUGUCGCCCACGCUGCCUACGCCCCUGCCGUCGCCCAUGCCGCCUACGCCCCUGCCGUCGCCCAUCAUGCCUACGCCCCUGCCGUCGCUCAUGCCGCUUACGCUCACGCUCCCGUCGUGGCUAAGGGUAAUUCCUUCCACCUAGUCGAACCACUUCAUCUCAAACUAACUCAUCUGUCUUCCUUGCAGCCGUCGCCCCAGCUGGCGGACUCCUCGGAGUCGCCUACUCCGCCGCUCCCGCUGUCGCCCACAUGAGCUACUCCAGCGGUCUGGGCUACAACUACGCUUGGUAAACGCACCGAGUCUGCCUCGAAGGACCCCCGAAGCACAGCACACGACCUUACAGCCCCUCUUGUAAAUACUCUAUCUGACUCCUGUCCGAAACACCUCUGUAUUUAUUACCUCUCAAUUCUCAAUCUUGCGGCCUGCAGUCUUUAUACGAUAAUAAUUUAUUUGAAUAAAGUUUAGUUACAAAAAAGCGCGGACUUUGAACUUGUUAAGAAAUUGUGGCGAAAAGUUAGAGGUUGAUUUGAAAUAAAGGCUUUUUGAAGAUAUAUGUUGAAUGUUUUCUAAAGGAUGGACUUCACCAGGAGGGAUUAUCAAUUAGCCGUCUGUUCUUGAUAGAAUAUGGAAAAUUGGCA